GUCUACUCGCAGGAGUAGAAGUGGGUGUAACUCGCGAGAUGAUGUGCUUUUGCCCCCUCCCAUGGCUUCAAAAAAAAAAAAAAAAAAUCAAGAAAGCUCCACAGAAGAAGAAAAGAAGCGAGGCGAGUGUUUCUCCAUUCAUUUGCGGCUUUAAUGUCUACCAUUGAGCUCCUUGACAUACCUUUACUGUUACGCGGCGUCACGGAGCAUCCUGUCCGCAAGAUCCGGUGCUUUUUUGUUUCGGGGGGAAAAUCCCACAACAGAGGAUGUAAUGAAGUGCAACUAUUUCAGUUGUUAUGAUAUGCUGACUUUUUGGAUGGUUGAUCUUUCAUGGUGCAACUUCUAAACAGACAAAAAGAGAUCGUCUUUUAUAUAGGAGAUGACGGGGACUCACUUUCCACCCCGCCAAGCCAAAACUCCUCUCAAUGCGAGGGGAUCCCGAAGUUCAUAAAGGGGAUUAUUUUGCAUCUGGGCGUCUGAGACCUUCGGUGCCUCCGGAUUUUACUUUGGGAUUUGGGAUUUAAUCGCUUCUCGCCCGGAUGGAAAGCCGUGAUUUCGCUCCUCCGCACCACCUACUGACGGAGCGGAGCGCGCUGGUUCACGGCGCCGCUUCUCGGAUGGCGUCAGGCGGCCACGGCUCCGUGCAGCACCCGGCUCACUUUCAGCCGGGGAAGUACUUCUCGUCCCAUCUCUCCAUGACUCCGCACUCAGGUGCUUCCUUUAUGGGAUCCUUCCUGUCCAGCGGUUUGGGGUCACCACCCUCCCACCCGUCUCACCCCUCGGGACCCGUUUCCUCCCCAUCCUCUCCCUCGUACAGGACCGGACCCCAUUCCAACGCUUCCCCUAUCUGGUUCCCCCAUUCACAUGAAGGUUACCCCAGCUAUUCGGGAAGCCUCGCCUCCCCUUUUCUUCCCAUGAGUCCCCUGGAUCACCAUAGCAACGGUCUAUAUGGACAGCACCGCUUCUAUGAAACUCAAAAAGAUCACUUCUACCUGAGAGGCCUUCCCACCCAGCCAACUCUGCUCUCCACCAAUCACAGCCUCCCCCCACUUGCCAGGACCGCCCCCGGCCACGCCCUCGGCUCCUGCAGCCGAGACACGGACAACACGGGAGGAGGUGCUAAGAGCAGCAGGGACGUAAUCGAGAAAGGGCUUUCGUCCCUGAAGGAGAAAGAAAGAUCAAGCAGCAAGGAGCGCCACCAGGAGAGCAAAGACAAACACCAGCUUCAUUAUCAUCAUCAGGCCAGCCCUGCUGCCACGCCAUCCAGCUUCCAUCAUAAAGCGUUCCCACACCCCCCCCAUGCACUCCUGCCUCACCUCGCACCCCAAAGUAAAGACGAGGAUCCCAGACACCUUCUGGAAAGACACAAGGACGGUGAAAGCCAAGGAAUGAAACAUAUGAGUGCCUGUAAGCUCUCCUCCAGUAGUUCUGGUCCAGAGACCGGCUCCAGUGGGAAAGGGGGCACGUUAAGCAGCUGUAGUGGGAGUGGAGCAGGUAGAGCUCUUUCAGGAAGAGAAAGCAGGCGCUGCUACAAAGAACCCACAAACGGAGACAUGAGGAUCAGUGACUCAAGCGCUUCCUCGGAAUGUAUAAGAAGAGGUGCCAUGAUGGCACCUCCUCACUCUGUGGCCUCCUACUCCAUGCCUCCGCCGCCACCUCCUCCGCCGCCUCCUCACACCUUGCACAUGGGCUCCGCGGUGGUAGGGAGCUGGCUUCAUCCGCAUCACCAUCCAGAGUUUUACUGCCCCCCGGCCCCGAUUAGUAUCGUGCCCUCCAAAGAUCCAGUUUCUGGAGGGUCCAGCAGGGAGGCAAAAGUCACAGGCCCAACUUUUGUACCCUCAGUGGGCCCUUUGGGAGAUCUGGCAACCCCCGAAUGUCGUGGAGCAGGAAGUGGUGAGAAAAAGGAAGACAAGAACGGGGAUGGAUCUUGUGAGAAUCCCUCUCAUCACCUCAGUCGCCUUAGUAGUUGCCAGAAGAAGGACAAAUCCCUAACACAUUUGCAGCAGCUGGGAUACGGCAAGGCCGACAAACCUCCCGAUUGGAGCCAACAAACACAGCACUUCCCAAAAGCCAAUCCCAACUUGAGCUCCCAGCCGGAGCUGCGGUCGUGCAGCCUGGAAACAUCGUCAUCCCUCAGAGACGUGGAGGCCGAGGAGGAUUUUUACAGUUCCUCUCUUCCGCCGGACGCCCAGGGGACGCACCUUGGGGCAGGGCAGUCCACAACCAAGAACGGCUCCCCACCUUUCAGGGACUGCUCUCAAUCGGGUUCUCAUUCUGAUGGAAAAGCGGCGUCGGCAAUUCAGAGGGAGGGACAAAAGGUUGCUAGGAUACGACACCAGCAACACAUCAGCCACGGUGCAGAUGUUAAGGGCAGGGAUGGAGGCCAGGCGUUAGCAUUUUGGGGUGCGCGAGGAGGUCCCCUGGAGGAUCAGAGAAAAGACUCCCAUCAUGCAUCAGGGAGCAAUAGCGAAAUCAGAGGCCUCAGCGGCGUCGCUCCCGACAACCAAUCUACGGGUUUAUCCCAUCCGACACCGCACACCGCAGAAGGCGAGGGCAGUGCCAUGAAGAACCUCAUGAACUACAGCUCCCAGCAGCCUUUACUGCUGCCCCAGCGGAGCCCCUUCGGAGGCCUGGGCUGCCUGAAGCAGGCCGAUGAGCGAUCAGAGAAAGUGGAAAGAGGGGGGGGCAAAAACAACAGCACCCUACAAGACCUACCUAAACAAUCCCUCCCUCCUCGCCGAGGCUCCUCCAACGAGGGGGAGAAGAGCGAUAGAGGAGGGAGGGAAGCCGGGGAGCUCGGAGAGGGGGAGGUACGACAGCCUCCGGUGGGUAUUGCCGUUGCGGUCGCCAGGCCCCCCCAUCGCUCUUCAGACAACACCCCCGGACACAGCAGACAGGGCAGAGUCCUGCCCUGCAUGAAAGGGGUGUCACGUCCUAUGUAUCCACUCGGCCGCGAGGCAGAGGACAGGAAGAGGAUGACGGAGGAUCAGAUCGGCCUUCAUCACCUGGACAGGGAGCGGGAGCGGGAGCUUAUCAUUAGGGACAGCAAGGAUCACGUGGAGUUUGCCAGGAUUCACCCGUCGAGUGGUUGCCAUGGCGACCUGACAUCUCACCUCUUGGUGCCUGGAGGCGCGAGCCAGCUGGGGGCCGACGCUGCUGCACACGCUCACCACCACUGGAUGCAGAGGACAGGAAGUCCCUCUCUCUGGAUGGGGCAUUCGUAUGGUCUAAACCACGUGGGUAUGGGUGCCAGCUUCCCUACAGGUUUACCCAGCCCUUUGCCGCCUGUGCUUGGUUCACUGAGCCAAGACCCCAACUCCCCGCUGAUGGUUCUUCCCACGGAGCCUGGGUCUCAUCAUCACCUUGACAUUUUAGAGCAAUCCAGUCUGUGGCCCCCCGUGUACGGAAGCCGGCGGGCCCCCCCUCACCUGCAGCAUCACCCUGUCUACUCGCGCUCCUCUUUCUUACGGCAACAGGAACUUUACGCCCUGCAACAGCACCGGGCCAUGGAGCACUUGCAGCGCCAUUCCCUGGGACAGCGGAAACACGAAGACCACGCCACGACGGUUGAAGGCACCCCAUCCGCCUUGAGAACCCCCUCGUCAUCCUCUUCUUCCACCGCAUCCUCUCACGUGGCCAAACCCUUCUCGCACACCCCUCCCCCACCAAAGACAUCCACCCCUUCGCCGGGACUGUGCCCCAGCAGUCGCCAGUCACCCUGCUACCAUUCCCCGUCCAGGCGACCGCACCCGCCAAAUCUGCUGACUCCCGCCCCGAGUCCGGCGGCGGCGGCCCCACGAUCGCCGGCGCUCAGCCCCGUGCCGUCACUUCUGCCCAAAGGUCUGGAGAGAAGCAGCGACAGGGGGGAAGGGCAACCACCGCAGGACUACCCACAAUCCUUAGAGCCCGACUUGCCACCGGUGUACGCCUUCCCUCAACUCGCCAUGGCGUUCAAGGCCGGGCCCUUGCCGCCUCAAGCUCGCUUGGCUGAACAAGCAUCACAGAAAGCGGAGCGAGCGGAGGAGCCCGAGUCCAAAUCUCUGCAGCCUCGCCCCCACGUCCCACCUCUCACUAAAGACGAGACCAGGAGGGGAGAAGUGGAGAGAGACUGUGAAGUGGUGGAAUCCCGAGAAGAAAAGGAGGAGGAACGUCGGGGGGAAAUGAACGGAUGCUUUGUUUUAGAGCCUGAGAGGACUAAUUCUGGAAUUCUGCCGUGCCCUUCCCCAUCUUCUGUCCUGAUUCCAACCAACAUUGCCACGGGCGCAGGCAAAGCCCUAAAGCGGCCUGAGCUAUCCAAAGAACACGAGGAUGAGGAGCAAUGUGGAAAAGAGGAAGAUGGAGUAGAAAAAACAGCGUGUGGACCAACAGAAUCCACCAAAUUAGUAGAACAUGCAGACGAGAAGGAGGACGACGACAAACAUGAAGAAUUGGUUGUAGAUGACGAAGAUGAAGAAGCCAUUGAGAGGACUCUGCAUGAAGCUGAUCCCACAUGCUCUCCAUCUCCAUCUCCAUCUCCAUGCACCACGGACCUCCAAGGCGCCUACAUGUGGAGCCUGGAGCUUCUCAUCGCCGCCGCUCUGUGCGCCACCCGAGAUGCCUCGCACCCACCUGCGCCCGCAACCCGGGCACCCAGCCCUGCGGUACACCACGGCAUGGAGAUCCUGGGAGAACUGGCCGAGCUGGAGAUUCAGCAGAGGAGUCUGGAGAGCAAAGCGAUGGAAGAUGAAGGUGAGCGCAUGCUGACCUUUGACCUGCACAGUCUGGCAACGCUGGCGGCCGCCCGGGCCUUGGAGAUGGGGGGAGUCGCCGCUCAACAAUGCCCGAUUAGAAAAAGGCUAAACCUGCGCAGGAAGUGCAGCUGGACGCCUCGCCACGAGCCGGUGUGCCAAGCGAAGGGCUCCAUGGAGACGAUGGGAGGGGAGGAGCUAGCCAUGCGUGUCCAGCUGGCUGAGCUACAGCGCCGCUACAAAGAGAAACAGAGAGAACUGGCCAAGCUACAGAGGAAACACGACCACCAGAGAGAGGAGACGUCUCGAAGCCCUGCCCGCAGGGGGCCGGGGCGCCCUCGCAAGCGAAAGUCCACCCCCGGCGCGGCAGCUCCAGACUCCUUCAAAAGACUCAGGACCGGCCUUAAUUUACAGGAGGAGGAAAAAAGCAGGAAGAAGCCUGAUUUCAGCAGCCUCGGUGCUGCACAGUUAAAAGCCAGCUGUAAGCACAGAGGUCGCCCCAGCACCCUGAACUCCCGGCUGGCAAGGCGGGUGACCCAUUUGAAGCAGAAGGCUCCAUCUGCGGGCGUGCUGCACUGUAGGGGGGCCACGGUAGCAGACGAGGCCCCCAAGAGUCACUUUGGACACGAAGGCAAAGAUUCGCAACAGGAAUGGGAAACCAGUCAGACCAUGAAGAAAAAGAGGGGUCGCAAGCCGAAGGUGCUGAUGAUGGGCUCCGAUGCAAACCGAGCUCCUCACAGUCGGGCCUCUGAGAAACAGGAAGUCAGGGCGGAGAAGAGUGACAGCGAGACCCCGGGACACGGUGCCACCGAGUUUGAGGAGGACUGCAGCUGCAACAGCGACGAGGGCGCCGGUGACAUCAGGAUUAGAUCACCCUCCAAAGAAGCUCCAUCAAACAUUACUGGCUCCUUCUCGUCUGGGCUGCACACAAACCAUAAAAAAAGGACCAAAAAAUUAGGACCUCCAGGCCCGGAGAGUGUUCCAAACACGCACAGGAAGCAGUGCACGGCCAACAGCGAACAUCCAGGUCACCAUGGGGCUCGAAGGGCGUCCCUUCCCGGCUGGGCGGCCUCCUCCUCAGUGGGCUCCAGCUUUGGGGAUGGCCGGGAGAACAGCGGGACUCUGACGGCGGAGAACAGGAGUUGCAAGGAAGCAGCAAGGAGGGACUCAGCAGUGCACAGACAUCUGGGAAAGGCCAAAGGUCUGGCAGUGAGUCGCCUCCUGCAGAGCUUCACAGCAGACGACGGCUUUCGCUUGGAUGAAGAGAGCAGCUUCUCUGAGGGAGAGGAGGAUGAGGAAGAAGAAGAAGAAGAAGAAGAGGAGGAGGGAGACGAGAGCAACAAGUCUACGGUCCACCUUCCUCCCAACAUGCCUUGCAAAAUACCCGCCUUGCCCAACUGCGUGCUCAGCAAAGAGAUGCUCGUGGACGGCCUGAAGAUUCUGAUCUCGAAAGAGGAUGAACUGCUGUAUGCCGCCUGCGUCCAAACGUUGGACCUGCCUGACAUAUUUAGUGUUGUCAUUGAAGGAGAGCGUGGGAACCGCCCUAGGAUCUAUUCACUGGAGCAAAUCCUGCAGGAAGCUGUUCUAGACGUGCGGCCCCAGACUGAGGCCAUCCUGACGGCGGGGACGCGGGUUUGUGCUUACUGGAGCGAGCGUUCACGGUGUCUUUAUCCCGGUUAUGUCCACAGAGGAGGUCCAAGCGAGGAGAAGGAGGGAAGCGUGAUGGUGGAGUUUGAUGAUGGAGACCGAGGAAGAAUCACACUGGCAAACAUCAGACUUUUGCCGCCAGGAUAUGAAAUCUGCUGUGCGGAACCAUCACCGGCGCUUCUGAUCUCGCCGGGCCGCCGAUGCAGACGCGGCUCUACACAGGAGAAGAAAGACACGCCCACAGAGAAAUCAGCCAAUGAGGAACAGGCGGGGAAACCUCAAGAGAAGAGACCAGUUGGCAGGCCCAAGAAAAUCCACUCAGUGCCUAAGACUGCCAGCACAGCAGCGACAUCAGAGUCGGACUCUCGAAUUAAAGGCAACACUUCCUUGGUGAGCUGGUCUGCACCCAGGAAGAGACCCCCGGUUGACUUCUUCCUCUUCAACGGGACUUCUCGGAAAACCCAGAAGAGAUCCCGAGAACGAGACAUGGGGUUAUUUCAUCGCCCCGCCUCCCACUCCCACUCGCACGCGCCAACCACCCCCAUCAACGGCAUCUUUGGCUCCCCUUUUGCAGUUGACUCUUUCAGCAGCAUCGCCAACAGCUACUCUGCCUUCGGAGGCGGAGGGAGCGCCAUGCCGAGGUGCCUGGUGAACGCCGCAUCAUCGACCGUGGCACCUCGGGAUUCCUCUUCCUGUGCCUCGGGUGUCACCCUGGCAACGGGGAGCAAGAAGCAAGUCAGCGAACGAGACAGGAAGCAGUUCCUAGUGAAGCUGGAUCACGAAGGUGUGAUGUCACCCAAAACGAAGAAUGGCAAGGCGCUGCUUCGACUCGGGAAUGGAGGAAGAGGAGGUCGAAGUUUUCCAUCAGGAGGCGCUCCGCUACGAUACAUUCACCCAUCCUUGUUGGUGAAGGAUGCAAGGAAAGGAGGCAAGGACAGACGCGGCCCCCUUUUGCAGAAAGACCCACCGUCCGGCGGUCAUGGAGGCCAAACUGGAGAUUACAGUCUGGAUUACGCCAGCGACUGCCCGAGUUCUUACUCUGAGCUGGAUGAGGACGACGAGGACGGUGGUCAAGAUGAAGGGGCGCGAAGAAGAAACACGUCCGUCGCAUCUCAUCGACACGGCGGCUUUCUCUCCCGCCUGUCAGUUUGCUUCUCCUCCUCGUCGUCAUCCUCUUCCUCUUCGGGCUCCGUGUCAUCCUCGUCCCUUUACUCCUCGGACAACGACUCCUCGUACUCGUCCGACGAAGAGUCCUCAUCGGUUCUCCUGCGCCGUGCUCUGCUGCAGCAGGACAAACACAAGAACAGACAGAACUUGACCUCCGACCUAUUGACCCCCGAGUCCACAAACACUAACUCCACAACCCCAGCUCACCCUUACGUGGCCAAGACCGGCAUCACCCACUCAAAAGGCAGGAUGGAGAAAUCUGAGGACAGGACAGAGUAUUUGUCCGAAGGAAGCAUGGCGGCCAAGACACAACUGAAGAGGAAGGAAGGAGUUCCUAGUAGCGCCCAGCAUCUUAAACCUGCCUCCAAAGACCCUAAAAGGCACAGGAUGUCGUCACCUGAGCCGCAAACCAACAUGGCUCCGCUGCUGCCUGGGCGCCAGCUGUGGAAAUGGUCUGGUAACCCAACUCAGAGGAGAGGCCUGAAGGGAAAAGCUCGCAAGCUCUUCUACAAAGCCAUCGUGCGCGGCAAGGAGACGGUGCGGGUCGGCGACUGCGCCGUCUUUCUGUCGCCGGGCAGGCCCCAGCUACCUUACGUGGGCAGGGUGGAGAGCCUGUGGGAAUCCUGGAGCUCCAGCAUGGUGGUCAGGGUCAAGUGGUUCUACCACCCGGAGGAGACUCGCCUGGGGAAACGACACUGCGACGGCAAGAACGCGUUGUACCAGUCGAGUCACGAGGACGAGAACGACGUCCAGACCAUCUCUCACUGCUGCCAGGUGGUCAGCAGGGCCGAGUACGAUCACAUGAUCCGAGACCACAAGACCGGCGCCGCGGGGAAUGACCUUUUCUAUCUGGCGGGAACGUACGAGCCCACCACGGGCCAGCUGAUCGGCGCUGACGGCAUGGCUAUUGUGUCCUAGCGCCCACGGCUGCAACGUCCAAACCCAUCAAGCUGAUGGCUGCCAUGAUUGCCAGUCAGGACCAGACGGGAUUGGGG